GCAGGAACCAUGUCGCUGUACUCUUUGGCCCUCACCCUCAUCUUGACUGUGGUUUCUGGCGUCAUGUGCAAUGGGACAGAAUUCUGUAUUGGAAGCCCUGGUAUCCCUGGCACUCCAGGAACCCAUGGCCUGCCUGGUAGAGAUGGGAGAGAUGGUAUCAAAGGAGACCCUGGACCUCCAGGCCCCAUGGGUCCCCCUGGAGGAAUGCCAGGGCUCCCUGGGCGUGAUGGGCUGACUGGAGCCCCUGGUGCCCCUGGAGAGCAUGGAGACAAGGGAGAGCCUGGCGAGAGGGGGCCUCCAGGGCUCCCAGCUUACCUGGAUGAGGAGCUCCAAACCGAACUCCAUGAGCUCAGACAUCAAAUCCAGCAAUCAAUGGGAGUCCUCAGCUUGCAGGGGUCCAUGCUGGUAGUGGGAGAGAAAGUCUUCUCCACCAGUGGGCAGUCUGUCAACUUCGAUGCCAUUCGAGAGUCAUGUGCCAGAGCAGGUGGCAAUAUUGCUGUUCCAAGGAGUCCCGAGGAGAACAAAGCCAUUGCAAGCAUUGUGAAGAAGCACAACACUUAUGCCUACCUGGGCGUGGUCGAGGGAGAGACCCCUGGAGACUUCUACUACCUGGAUGGGGCCCCUGUGAACUACACCAACUGGUACCGAGGGGAGCCCAGAGGUCGAGGCAAAGAGAAGUGUGUGGAAAUGUACACAGAUGGGUCAUGGAAUGACAAAAACUGUCUGCAGUAUCGAUUGGCUAUCUGUGAGUUUUGA